UUUCUCAAGCCAACAGUCAAAAGUACAACCGAUGGUAAAUGGCUUUCUUUAUUUUUCACAGACAAAUAUGUGUUUAGCAAUCACCAUAUCUGUGAAAAUCUUCAUAUUGAUGGAAUGAAUUUCGUUUGCACUGAGCAGUACUAUAUGUACUGGAAAGCAACUGUUAAGGAAAUUCUGCUGACAAAGGAUCCUAAACAUAUGAAGGCUAUCGGAUCAAGAGUUAAAAAUUUUGAUCAAUCUUUAUGGCAUCGAGUUGCAUUACAAGUUAUGGCUAUAGCAAAUGUUCGUAAGUAUCAACAAAAUCCUUUGCUUCGUAUGGAGUUAUUUCGUACAGAAAAAACCGUUUUGGUUGAGUGCAAUCCUAGAGAUUGCAUUUGGGGAAUAGGGCGCGGUAUGGAUGAACCUGAUGUUUGCGAUUUUUCGAAAUGGAGAGGCAACAAUUUGCUUGGAUUUCUGUUGUCUCAUAUCAGAGAUCGUAUGAUGAAGAAUCCCAUCUAUAACGAUGAAGUAAGUUUAAUUUUUAGCACUUUUUUUUAUUUUUUUUCCAGAUCUCAGUUACAUUUCUUUUCUAUUUUCUGUUAUUUUAUUUUUUUCCAUUUUAUUAUUAUCUUAUAUUAUUUUAUUUACUUAAUUUGGUCGUAA